GGCCGCUGGGAUUAGAACUGGCGCCUAUGUGGGAUCCCGGUGCAUUCAAGGCGAGGACUUUUUGUAACUUCUUCCGGGAAGGUCAGGGCAUAGCCCUGCAGUAGCUGGCGGCAUUUUCCUAUUGGUAAGCCCGUGGCUUGGUGUGACGGAGAAGCAGGAUUUCUGUGUGCACAAGUAGAGGAUGUGCUGCACUCUGUGCUGUGGGGUCACACCCUCUGGCUCUGUUGGCCACUGCGCUGGGCCCUGUGGCUCGUCGGCCAGCCUCUUCCCAGGGGCUGUGCGAGCAGGAGGGGCAGGAGGCGGCUGGCGAGGGAAGCCUUGUUUUCCUCCCAUCCCUCUGUGAAUCAUGGUCCCACCACUGCAGUUGCGUCUCAGCCCUCCGAGGCUGCGGCCAAGCAGCGAGGGCGAGUCGCUGACGUUGCUCCAGAGGGAGAAGGGGGGCUGCUGGGCGGGCUGGCCGGGCGCUCCACGAGCCGGAGUUGUCCUCCCUUCUGCUGGGCGGGCUGGCCGGGCGCUCCACGAGCCGGAGUUGUCUUCCCUUCUGCUCUACUGUCCUUGGAUAUUUGCGGCUUCAGUCGAAGCCCAGCUGCUGGACUCCAGGACUCCACCUUGCAGGACAUCAACAGCCUCUCCCCAGCCUCUUUACAAUUCUGGAAGGAAAAAUUGGCUUUCUUGCCCUUUGUUUUCCCCCAAGUAAGAGAACCCAGCACAUUUUUUCUUGGGAUUUCUUUGAAGUAGAGUCGUCUUUCUCCUCUUGCUGCCAAGUGCAGAGUGGAGGCGGCUGCUGCCUUGGGUUUCUCCCCCGUGUGUGUCGGCCGUUGUGCGUGGCCAGUUUGUUCUUUGCUUCUCGACGGGGUUUGUUGCCAGCCAUGGGAGUGGUGUGCACCGCCCGCGCUCUCAGGAUCUGCGCAGGGUGUAGCGUCUGUGGACACGGGUUUUUUCCACGGGGGUUGCAAGUCUCUCGUCUUGCACCCUGAAGCUGCCAGAAAGCUCUCAUUCAAGGGAUUGGAUCCUGCUUGGUCUCUGCUGCUGAGGUUGUGACCCCAAAAGGUUGUUCACACAGGGAAGUCUGGAAGGCAGAAGCCCCUGCUUGCUGUGAGAACUGCCCUGACAGGUCCCGGUGGUGCCCGCCCUGUGUUUUGUCUCCUGGCCUCUGCUUCUGGGCAGCAUGUACGAGCGGCACAAGAGGCGCUACAGCCUGUGCGACAUCUCCAGAGUAGACAGGACUGUGGCCGUGGUGCUGCUGAAGAUAAACCGAGGAAGCUGGUGCACCCUCGAGCCGUGUCCUGAUGCAGCGGCUCUGUUGGCUUCUGAGCGAGGUGGAGAGUGUGAGGACUUCCUGGAUGUGGGGCUGGGCAGCGUGUGGGCAUCCGGGAGCGACUCCGAGCUUGUGCCCCCCCGCAGGAACAGCGUGCACAGCGUCCUUGUGUCACAGCCUGCAGGAAAACAGUCAGCCAGCGAUGUCCUGGGACCCAGUGCUUCAGCCGAGGACACCGCUUCCCAGGAUCGGCAUUCUUGUCCGGGCGGUGAUGUGUCUGCCCCCUCGACUGCAGAACUGAACAGGCCCAGAGAAGAGCUGGGUGCUGCUGGCCUCAACCCGCUUGGACUAGGAGCAGAGGGCUGCGCAAGGGACAAGGAGCCUAGCGGUCGUGGUGAGGUGGAAGAGGAAGAGGAGCUGGACAGCAUCACCGACGUGCCUGCCGGCCACUCGCUGCUGAGGGGCUCUGUGCGUCCACUCUCCCCCUUCCGGAGGCAUAGCUGGGGCCCCGGGAAGAACACAACCAGUGACGCAGAGAUGAACCAGCGGAGUUUCAGUCUGGAAGGCUUGGCAGGCGGAGCUGUCGCGGGCAGCCAGCCGUCCUCAUCUCUGGAAGGAAGUCCUGCACGCAGCGAGCUGAGGCAGCCUCUGGGCCGAGAGCAGCGGGGAGGUUCACUGCUCUCGCUUUCGGAGGAGGAGCUCGGGGCUCUGCAGCAGGAGCAUGGGAUGUUCGAUCAGCAGAUGUGUCACAGAUCCAGGCAGCAGGGGUUUAACUACUGUACGACAGCCAUCGCCUCUCCGCUCACGAAAUCCGUCUCAUUGAUGACCAUCAGCCACUCAGGCCUGGACAGUGAGUAUUCUGGGCAUGUGCUGUCUGCCUCGCCUGAAGCCCUCCCCGUGUGGCCUGCCUCUCCUUUGCAAGAAGGCCCAGUGCCCCAUGGGAACAGCGCUAGGCUCUGGGCCUGCCUCAGGCUGCCCGUGACCCUUGGCCUGUUCAGUGCCUGCUCCAUUUGUGUACCACCCUGCACAUUACCUCCUAAGUUUCUUAGUUCAAAAAAUGUUCAGCAGCACGUGCAGCUGGCGAGGCACGUCUCUUUCUCCAUCGGCAUCUCUCCACUCCUGAGGUCUAAAAGGCUGGAUUCCAGUGAGGAGGAGGAGCUGCAUAGCUCACACUCCUUCCCCCACCCCAGCGCUCGUGUGACUGAGAGCAUAAUAGAAGAAAGCUACCCUCCCAAGAAAGAUGUUGAAUGGAAGAGUGGAACGAAGGUCAGUCGUACGUUCAGCUACAUCAAGAAUAAAAUGUCCAGCAGCGGUAAGAAGAGCAAAGAAAAGGAAAAAGAGAAAGAGAAAAAUAAAGAGAAGGAGAAAGACAGUAAGGAGAAGGAGAAAGAUAAGAAACCUAUCAACGGACACUCGUUUAGUCCCAUCCCCGUCGUGGGCCCCAUCAGCUGCAGCCAGUGUGCGAAGCCGUUCAUCAACAAAGAAGCCUUCACCUGUGCCAGCUGUGGUGCUUUUGUUCACAAGGGCUGCAGAGAAAGUCUGGCCUCCUGUGCCAAGGUCAAGAUGAAGCAACCCAGGGGGAGUCUCCAGGCGCACGACACGUCCUCGCUACCCACAGUCAUCAUGAGAGCCAAACCCUCGCAGCCCAAGGAACGCCCUCGAUCCGCAGUGCUCGCCGAGGAGGCCACUGCUGCCCCGGCAUUCACCAGCAGACGCUCCCAGCAGGGCGUCUCACUCUCCAAGAGCGUCUCCAUACAGAACAUCACAGGAGUUGGUAAUGAUGAGACCAUGUCCAACACGUGGAAAUUCCUGUCACACUCAACGGACUCACUCAAUAAAAUCUGCAAGGUCAACGAGUCAACAGAAUCGCUUACUGAUGAGGGCGUAGGUACGGAUAUGAACGAGGGGCAGCUGAUGGGAGACUUUGAGAUCGACUCCAGACAGCUGGAGGCGGAGUCCUGGAGCCGGGUUGUUGACAGCAAGUUCCUGAAGCAGCAGAAGAAAGAUGCAAUCAAACGACAGGAAGUGAUCUAUGAGCUAAUGCAGACCGAAUUCCACCACAUCCGCACGCUCAAGAUCAUGGGCGACGUCUACGGCAGGGGCAUGGUGACCGAGCUGCUGUUUGAGCAGCCGAUGGUGGAAAAGCUGUUCCCCUGUCUGGACGAGCUCAUCAGCAUCCACAGCCAGUUCUUCCAGAAGAUUCUGGAGCGGAAGAAGGAGUGUGCAGUGGAUAAGAGUGAUAACUUCCUCAUCCGAAGGAUAGGGGACGUGCUUGUCGGUCAGUUUUCGGGUGAGAAUGCAGAGCGUUUGAAGAAGAUCUAUGGCAAGUUCUGUGGGCAGCACAACCAGUCUGUGAACUACUUCAAGGACCUGUACACAAAGGACAAACGCUUUCAGGCCUUCGUGAAGAAGAAGAUGAGCAGUCCCAUCGUACGGAGGCUCGGGAUCCCGGAGUGCAUAUUGCUGGUAACCCAGCGGAUUACCAAGUACCCGGUCUUAUUCCAGAGAAUCUUGCAGUGCACCAAAGACAAUGAGGUGGAGCAGGAAGACCUCGCCCAGUGCCUGAGCCUUGUGAAGGAUGUUAUUGGGGCUGUGGACAGGAAAGUUGCGAGUUACGAGCGGAAAGCGCGUCUCCAUGAGAUUUACACCAGGACAGACAGCAAAUCCAUCAUGCGCAUGAAGAGCGGGCAGAUGUUUGCCAAGGAGGAUCUGAAGCGCAAGCAGCUGGUACGCGACGGGAGUGUGUUUCUCAAGAGCUCUACUGGCAGGCUGAAAGAGGUUCAGGCGGUUCUACUCACUGAUAUUUUAGUUUUCUUGCAAGAGAAAGACCAGAAGUAUGUCUUUGCCUCACUGGACCAGAAGUCCACAGUGAUUUCUCUGAAGAAGCUCAUUGUGAGGGAAGUGGCGCACGAGGAGAAGGGCCUGUUUCUCAUUAGCAUGGGGGUGAGGGACCCCGAGAUGGUGGAGGUCCACGCCGGCUCCAAGGAGGAGAGGAACAGCUGGAUGCAGACCAUCCAGGACACCAUCAGCACCCUGAACAGAGAUGAAGAUGAAGGCAUUCCGAGUGAGAAUGAGGAGGAGAAGAAAAUGUUGGACACCAAAGCUCGGGAGUUGAAAGAGCAGCUCCAGCAGAAGGACCAGCAGAUCCUGCUGCUCCUGGAGGAGAAGGAGGUGAUUUUCCGGGACCUGACCGAGUGCAGCACGCCCUUACCCGAGGACUGCUCCUCAGCACACAGCCCGAGAGCUCUCUUCCGCUCCAGCACGCAGGAGGCCCUCAGAGGAGGCCCGCUGAUGAAGAGCGCCAUAAGCGAGGUGGAACUCCUGCAGGGCCUGGUGAGUGCAAGUCUGGGCGGCAUGAUGGGGCAAGUGGCCAGCAGCCCUGCCGAGCAGGAAGGCGCCGUGGGCCCUGUGUCCCUGCCGCGGCGAGCAGAGACCUUCGGCGGGUUUGACAGCCACCAGAUGAACGCUGCGAAAGGAGGUGAGAAGGACGAGGGAGAUGAAGGCCAGGACCUCAGGCGCACGGAGUCCGACAGUGGUCUAAAAAAGGGUGGGAAUGCGAACUUGGUGUUCACACUGAAAAGGAACAGUGAGCAAGUGGCAGAGAGCAUCGUGCACCUCCACCAGCUCCUGAGCCGUCUGCAGGGCGUGGUGCUCCAGCAGGACAGCUACAUCGAGGACCAGAAGCUGGUGCUGAGUGAGAGGCUGGUGUCUCGGGGCCUGGCCCGUCCCAGUUCGCUCAUCGAGCAGGAGAAGCAGCGCAGCCUGGAGAAGCAGCGUCAGGGCUUGGCCGACCUGCAGAAGCAGCAGGCCCAGCACGUGGAGGAACGGCGCAGGCGCGAGCGCGAGUGGGAAGCCCGUGAGCGGGAGCUGCAAGAGCGGGAGGCACGGCUGGCCGAGCGGGAGGAGCAGGUGCAGCAGGGGCGGCGCGAGCUGGAGAGGGAGCAGGAGGAGCUGCGGCAGAAGAAGGGAGCCUACCAGAGUGACCUGGAGCGGCUGCGUGCGGCCCAGAGGCAGCUGGAGAGAGAGCAGGAGCGGCUGCGGCAGGACACAGAGCGGCUGGGCCAGGGGCCUCUGGAGCGCGACCCCUGCCAGGUCUCCCGGCCGCAUGGCAAGCUGAUGAGGAUCCCGUCCUUCCUUCCCAGCCCUGAGGAGCCGCCCCUGCCACCUGCACCAUCCCUCGUCAAGUCUGGCUCCUUGGACUCGGAACUGUCCGUGUCCCCAAAAAGGAAUAGCAUGUCUCGGACCCAGAAAGACAAGGGGCCUUUUCACAUGCUGACUUCAGCCAGCCAGACUCACAGGGGUCCAGAGGGGCCGGGCCUGCCCCCUGGCUGCUCCUCCUCCUCCUCCUCCACUUCCUCGUCCUCCUCCACAGCCUCCUCCCGCCUGUUUGGCUUAGCUAAGCCCAAGGAGAAGAAGGAGAAGAAGAAGAAGAACAGAGGUGGACGCGUCCAGCCAGAAGGCCCAGUGCCCGAAGCACCAGCCGAGGGGGAGGAGAUCUUCUGCUGAGCCUCUGGCCCAUGCUGAGGCAGCUGCUGCCCGCACUGCCUCCCGCUGUCCCGCCUGCAUGCCCAAGUUCUUCGAGCACCAGACGCUUGUCCUCCCAGGCCGCCCCGGAGCAGCCUACCUCGCACUCAGGGCCUGGACUUUGCUCUGGCUGUCCCCUGUGAACACCCAGGCCUCCCAGGCAGGGCUCGCAGCAGCCAACUCCAGGGUGGGAAUCCUGGCACGUCAGGGACCCUGAAGGCUGAGUGAGUGGCCGCUGAGCCUGAAGCUCCCUGCCUUUCAUCUGAGGGAACAAGCAGAGGUGGGAUUGUGUCUGUCCACUCGUAGGGACCAGCUGCAGCAUGGUGCCGCAGCGUGAGCUGGGAGGCUGGCUCAGGGCAUUCAGCUCCGCCCCAGAACCCUCAGGCUGCUUCCUCUCAGGGGAGAGCAGGCAGGGCACUGGAGCCGCCCGCCUGAUCUCUGCGUUGGGCACUUAGGGAAAUAAGAUCUUGUUUUAUCACCAAAUCCAGAGGAGUAUACUGGCUUUCCAAGGAGUCUGCCCUCCUGUUCUGGGGACAGAUCAAAAGCCGCCUCACCAGCUCUCUGUGCAGUGUGACUUCCUGGCUGCCACUGAGCGGCCUCCCGCUAAUGUCCUGAGGCUCUGGGGUGGCUGCUGGGGGUGCCUGGCAGACCACGCGUGGGGGGAACUGGGCCGGGAACUUCUCCAUCUGCGUCAGGAGGCCAUGGCCAAAUUUGGUUUCCUGAAACAUUGUUGGAGUCAGACGUGUCGGCGCGCAGCUGCCCAGGUACUGCCUGCUUUCUUUCUCUCCACUCCUGUUUGCGCUGUUGAGGUCUGUCUGCUGACUUCCCCAUGGGCGUGUAGGGGACAGCUUUGUCACUGCUGCUUCCCCAGGGUCCCCGGAAGGGAGACCCUGGGCAGUUUAGUGCAUCCCAUGUGGCCUUUGACCCUGCGCUGUACCCUCAGUAGCACGGGGCCUGAGUGUACUCUGAGGAAAUGCCAACGCCUGUGCCUUGGUGCUCGUUGGCGAGGUGCAAGCUGGCCUUGCAGCAGGGGUAUUUAUCUCAGCGUAUUGAGAGAUGAGGUGUUGAUUGUGUAGCCUAGCCUUGUUUUAUUUAUUGUGUGUGCGUAUGUGCGUGUGUGAGGGCGCGCUGCGCUGGCCGUGCGGGGCAGGAGGCAGCGUCUGGGCCACUCACACACGCGUCUUCCCGGGAUCCUAUGGGGACCUGGGGAAGCUCAGGCCCGGGCCUGCCCGCUGCAGCCUGGGCAUUUGUCACAGUGUCGUCCUUGUCUGAGAAGCCCUGAGCAAUCUCAGCUUGUUUGUAAGUCUGACGCCCUCUCGUUUUCCUGUUGGAGCCGUGAGGUCCCCUCUGAGAUCAUGAGUGGGAAGCUGUCCGGUGGCUUCACCCCAAACCCCAGCCAAGGCGUGCUGGUGUCCUGGCCUGUGACCAGGGGCCCCGUGGGCCUGAGUGGACACUGUCCACAGCCCGGAUUCAACUUGCAGCUUCCCCUGCCCCCAGGCCGCGGUGUCAGGUCUGCUCUUGGGGUUUUGGUAGCCAUGGUUUAGGUCUAGACCUCACCUCUGCCCACCCCACCAGUGUGAAGAGCUUGACAGGCCUGGGACCAGAGUCUCAGGUGUCCUGGAGUCCUUGUCAGGAGCAUGUCCUGUGAGCCCAGUGCCCACUCAGCUGCCUAGGGUGGGGAUGUCUCUGGCCCCUGCCCCCUGCCUUGCAGCUGGCCACAGGACAUUGGUUGCUGCUGCGGCUGCUGGGCUUUGGCCGUGGCUUGAGAGUUUGGGUGUGCCCUGGAUCAGGCGCCCGACCUGUCACUGUCCUGAUGAUGAACAUUGUGUCCCCCAAAAGGUCCCCCCUUUGAACCAAGUGCCUGGUUGUGGGUGGCUUUGUGGAGGAUGGGCUGUGGGUGACUGCCUUUGGUGGCCAGCUUCCUUCCACAGAGUCCCCCACGUGCCUGGCUCCUCUGGUGCCACCCCGGCCCCACGAGCUGUCUUCUGGAAAGGUACGAAGUCUGCCUUUGUCCUCAUCCAUGUCUCAGGGCGACAGCACCGGCCACCGUGCUGUCUUCUCCUCACCCGGGUCUCCCUGCGGCCCUGGGGCUGUGUCAGGUCCUUUGCACGUGGCUGGACUGACUGCACCCUUAGAGGGUAGCACCCUCACCCUUGGGGCUCUACUUGCAAUUACUUCCUGUUCUUUGUCUCUGAAGCUCUUGCUCCUCAGCCAGUUCGUUCUUGCCCAGGAUGCUGGAUUUGCCCCGGAGCAGAGAUGUACUCCAAGGACCUGUGGCCACUCGUGCUGCAGGACAGCCCGGCUUGUGGGUGGACUCUGUCCAGCAUGGUGUCUGACCGUGUGCCCGGACACUGCCUGCCUUCAGUCAGCCCUGGCAUUCCUGCCCACCCCGAGACUGAGGUCGGAGGGUCGCUUGCACUGGUUCUUGCCUUGGCUGUCGCGUGAGUUUGCUAAGUCCCCUUGAGCUUGGGUCGGCCACCUGCUGGCCAGGCUAUAGAGUGGAGUGCGGUCACGCUGCCAUGGCAGGGGGCAGGGGGCGAUGGGAAGAGGCAGACACCUGCUUCUUCAGUUACUCUGACUUCCCCAGUAGUCAGCAGGCUCACGGGCUGGAGGGAAUACUGCCCGCUACAUGCCACUGUGCACAGGAGCCGGGUGGCCUGCCCUCCCCUCCCCUAGGGACCUCCAGGGCACUGAGGGGCCUGCCUCCUCCUUUACCUGUGGCUCAGGGUCAGCUGAUGGUCUCCUGUGUGUCCCCCACUUGCGUGUUAUGUGGGGGAUAGCCGGCCGCCCAGCCCUGCUUUCUCUGUUCAGCUCCCAAUGUCCCGCCAGCAUUUCUGCGCUCAAACCAUUGAGUGAGUCUGCUGGCACUGCGUGCUGUAUAUCGAUCUGUAAUUAUGUACAGAGUGAGGCAGUUGUAAACUGCACCUUCUUCCUUCAGUGUGUUUUCUGGAAUCUUGCCACAACAUACUGGCUUUGUAUUGUAUUUAUCUUCCUUCCGGAGUUACUGACUGCAGACUUGUAAAGUCCUCCCCUUCCCAAGCAAUAAACUUCCUUUGAAGGA